AUGAAGGGUGUGUUUUUGUUUCUCAUAGCAUUAAUACUUUAUGUAUCUUCAGUGAAUGCAAGCCAUGGUACAGAUGUUUUUUGUGGAGAACACAUUGACAUAAUCCCUAAUAAAGAGGUAGAAAUUACUACUCCUAACUUUCCUGAUGUGUAUCCACAUUAUCUUAAUUGUACAUGGACCUUCUGCACCGUGAAUCAACACAUAAUUGUUUUGGACUUCUUCAUUUUUCAACUAGAAGACGACAGCGACUGUGACAGUUUUGAUUAUGUCAAUAUUUAUGACGGCAAAUAUAUAGGACAGAACCUUAUUGCAACAUAUUGCGGUGAUUAUUACUGUGAAGAUUACGAUUGUGAGUUUUACCCAUUUGAAGAAAUAAAGAGCACAGGACGAUGUAUGACCCUCUACUUUCAUACAGAUGGUUCUGUCCAACUCCCAGGUUUCCUAGCAAGGAUUAAUUCUAUGUCUGGCGCAUGUAUGUAA